AUGCGUCACUUCCUUCAAAAGUUACUAGCAAUUGCGGCCUCAACGCGCAAUAGCCAUGGUUUCAAUAUCCUCACUUCGCCUGAGCAGUUGACGACAAAGGAAUACGACUUCAUCAUCGCGGGCGGAGGCACAGCAGGAUGCGUCCUCGCUUCCCGUCUCACUGAAAACACCAACAUCUCAGUCCUGCUCGUAGAAGCAGGCGGCAAUAAUAAAGAUUUCUUCGACUCCAUCGUACCCUUUCUCGCUUCGGGCCUCGCCCACAGCCCCGCAGACUGGAACUACACCACCACCCCGCAAGCAGGCUUCAACAACCGCUCGAUUGCGUUUCAGCGCGGCCAUGUGCUGGGUGGAAGUAGUAGUGUUAACUUCAUGGCAUACAACCGCGGCUCCAACGACGUGUACGAGCGCUGGGCGCGCAUGAACGGAGACUCUUCCUGGUCCUGGGAAAAGCUAGAGAAAUACUAUUUGAAGCACUCGCGGCUCGUCGCACCAUCAGAUGGAAGGGAUUACGCGGAUGAAGUUAUCGCUUCCGCCCACGGGGAUGGGCCAGUUGAAGUCAGUGUUGCAGGGGAGCUGUUUGAGCUGGAUUAUCGGGUUGUGAAUGCGAGUAAAGAGAUGAGAGGGCGGUUUGCUUUCAAUCGCGAUUUGAAUGCCGGGGACUUUGUCGGGCUCUCGUGGAUUCAGUCUAGUAUUGGAGAUAGUAAGAGGAGUAGUAGUGCGACGGCAUAUUUGGAUGGGCUUGCGGCGGGGGAAGAGGAUAGGGGAAAGCUGGAUGUGUUGAUUGAUACGCAGGUUUUGAGGCUGGUGCAGACAGGCAUGAGUGAGGGAAAACCGGAGUUUAAGAACGUGGAGAUUGCCCAGUCGGCGUCCGAUACUCCCAUCACCCUAACAGGCCGGAAAGAAAUCAUCCUCUCCGCCGGCGUAAUCGGAACACCGAAGAUCCUCAUGCUCUCCGGCAUUGGGCCCGCAUCGCUCCUCACUUCCCUCAACAUCCCUGUCAUCAUCGACAAUCCCUCCGUGGGUCAGAAUCUCACCGACCAUCCGCUGAACAUCAUGUACUAUACAGUCAAGAAAAACACGACCGUCGAUCGCAUCCUGCAAAACCAGACAGUGUUCGCAGAGGCGCUGCAGCAGUGGAACGAAACAGGAAAAGGGCCGAUGAGUAAUACGGCCAGCAACACGAUCGCGUUUCAGAAACUGCCAGCGGAUAGCCCGGCUUGGACGCAGGUGAAUGCAGAUCCCGCGGCUGGAAAAUUGAGCGGGAAUACGGAGUUACUGUUUGGAGUGAGUCUUCUUAUAUUGCAAAAAAAAGGCGACAUCCCCGCCCCUCCAUCUGGCAACUACCUCACCAUCCUCGGCGUCCUCGUAUCGCCAACAUCUCGCGGCAACCUAACCCUAAACUCCACGUCCCCCUUUGCCUCCCCCCUUAUCAACCCCUCCUACCUAACCACUUCCUUCGACAACCUCGCCAUCCUCCAAACCUUCCGCGACACAUCCACUUUCCUCAACUCCUCCGUAUUUUCCGGCUACAUCGACGGCCCUUACGGACCCUUAGCCGACGUGGAUAUGAGCAGUGAUGAGCAGAUGCUAGCGUAUGCGCGCAAGUGGAGUGUUACUAUAAAUCAUGGGGUUGGGACGGCAAAGAUGAGUGCGAAGGGGGAUAUAUGGGGUGUGACGGAUCCGGAUUUGGGGGUUAAGGGGACGAGGGGGGUGAGGGUAGUGGAUGCCAGUGUUUUCCCGGAAAUUCCAGAGUGCCAUACUAUGGCGCCAGUGUACAUUGUUGCGGAACGUGGGGCUGCGGUGAUAUUGGAAGCGCAUGGACUCUAGAAAUCAAGGCGCUGCCGUUGGUAUUGUACAUGCGGCAUUAGCUUGUUUUAGUGGUAGGUAGAUGC